AUGGCAGGUAGAGCUCUUGAUUUCAGAGUUGGGAAAGGUAAACUGUCCUUGUCAACAAAAUGUAGCUGCACGAAGACAUGCCUAGAAACAGAGAAAGAUAAGCAUCCAUCAAUGCCUGCCCAGACCUCUACUUCUUCCCCAGACAACGUUAAUCCCGACAAUGAAGAACAACAACAACAAGGACAAGAACAAGAACCGGAACAGGAACAAGAACAUCAUCAUCAACAACAACAACAACAACAACAAGGCUUGUCUGAGUUGUAUCCUCCUCAACAAAACGGCCAUCCAACUGAGCAAGAACAACCCCAACAUCAAAAUGGCCAGCAUCAACAACAAGAAGGAGAAGAAGGAGAGGAAGAGGAAGAGGAGGAAGUAGAGAAGAAAGAAGAAGAGCUUCAAGAAGAGGAAGAGGAGGAAGUAAAAGAAGAAGAAGAAGGAGGAGGAGGAGGAGGAGGAGAGGGAGAAGAAGGGAAAGAAGAAUCUGAUGGAACCCAGUCUUCUUCUUCUUCUUCUUCUUCCAGUUCCGAAGAUGAAGAGAAACCCGAGGAAGUUUCUCUGUUCUGGAGUGUUCCGAGUGUUCCUGACAUGAAUUUGCAUAUGCGAUUAGUGUAUCUCAUGAUGCACAGUUAUAUAUCAGUGAGUGGGUUUAAAGGGUCACUCAAGUUUUGUUUCAUUUGCAGAUUUGUCUUUGUGGAACUGCCGGACAUUCGUAAAGAUGUGCAGUGUCCAAUAUGUUUAGGGAUCAUAAAGAAAACACGAACUGUAAUGGAAUGCCUGCACCGUUUUUGCAGGGAAUGCAUUGAUAAAUCAAUGCGAAUGGGCAACAAUGAAUGCCCUGCUUGCCGCACACAUUGUGCAAGUCGGCGGUCCUUGAGAGAUGAUCCAAACUAUGAUGCCCUAAUUGCAUCCAUAUAUCCAGACAUUGAUAAGUAUGAAGAGGAGGAAUUGGCUUUUCAUGAAGAGGAAAGGACCCGGAACAAGCAGAUUCAAGCCUCAAUUGCCCAAAUAAUUCAAAGACAGUCAGAAGCACUGGUUAAGAGACGCACGCUGGGUAAAGAAGCAACUUUCAUGACACGAUCACAGCGAACACAUCGGACUAUUUCAAGGAGGCGACGGAACAGUAGAGGCAGUGAUUUUCAAGGAUCUGAAGACAUAGAGGAUGAAAAUGAAGACAAUAUAGGCAAGGAUUCGUCUUCUGCUGAUGAGCGCUCUACAGAAGUUAGACAGAGGAGGCGCAAGAGACGGCGGACAUCCCAGCCUUCUUCUUCAGCAGUGACUUCAGAGGGUGGAUGUGCUGAAAAUGAUUUAGAUUCGAACAGAGAAAACAGGGGAUUAUCUCCAGGGCUUGCGUGGAACACAGAAAUGCUUGCUUGGGGCAGGGGUGGUACUCGGAGUCAUACAAGACAUGGUAAUCCCAGUGGUUGCAACAACAAGAAUUCACGAAAUUCUCGCUUAUCCAAGCUGGUAGAAUAUCUCAGGAGCUUAGAUGAAAAAAAUGACGAGUUGGAUAUUCAUCUCAAGCUUAUUACUUUGGAUAAUCCAAGUACACCAACUUUGCAGCAGCCCUACCUUUGCUGUCGGCCCAGUUUGUCAGUCAAACACCUAUGUGAGUAUGUUGCUCACCAAACAACUUUGCAAGCUGAAGAAGUUGAAAUACUGUUACUUAAGGGGAAGCACCAGUCCGACGAAAAUUUGUCCACCAAGCAUCCUCAGAUCCCUACGGACGAGCUGCAAAUUUUGAAAGGACAAGAAACAGUAUCAGGCCUUAAAGCAAGUUGCUCUUCCAGUAGAGAUCAUUUGAUACUAGCAUAUCGGCAGAAGGAGAUAAUCAAAAGCUGA